AUAGAUGAUGGCAUCUUCUUUUGAAGAUACAAGUUUAGAUACAACCUUGACAGAGUCUAGUCUGGAUACUAAACCAACAGAAGAUACUUCACAAUCCAGUGUAAACGGAGCAACGGAUGCAAAUACAUCUGGUACUGUUGGUGAAACUGUAGCCGAGGAUGAAGACGAUGACGACGAACUUCUUGCUCUCAGAAUUGCAGCACUUGAGUCGAUCAAAUUGAAGGAGAAGAAUGCCACCAAAGCUGAACCUGUUAAGCCUAAAGUUGAAGAGGAGAAGCGUCCUGAAUUUGUUAUAACUGCGCACAGGUCGCGAACCAAUCUAGUAUCAAUCAUCACCCAGCAGGAAGAAGUUGCUCAGACCCUUGUUCCUGUUCCAACCCUUCCUCUACUUACCAACAUUCCUCUACCAUACUACAGUCCACAUGCUCCUCCACCCCCCUUCAACCCCCUGGUAGCUCCGCCCCCUUUCAGACCCGUCUCUCCGCCCCGCACACGCAGAUUAAACUCUCCGCCUAGUCCAGUCCAACACUGGAGAUACAGAUCUAGAUCAAGAUCAUACGAACGGAGGCGAUCAUUCUCCCCCAUAAGACGAUCCCCACCCCGGAGACGGGUUGGAUCUCCGUAUAGAUCGCCGCCCAGAAGAUGGUCUCCAGGAAGACGCUCUCCUCCUAUGAGAAGAUCGCCCAUGCGACGAACCCCGCCGGGACCCCGUCGAUCUCCGUUUGACGGACGUAAAUCUCCUCGACGUGUAGAUCCAACCCGACCUAGAUCCCCUCGCUCAGCUCCUCAUCAGCGCAGAUCUCCAAGACGAGGGCCUCCUGCUCCCCGGCCUCCAAGGGAACCAAGUGUAUCUGAGUGGGAGACGGAUACAAAUCCUCCGACGGAGGAUGAGGACGAGAAGGAGGAGAGUAAGAUUGAAACAAAACCAGUGAUCAAGGAUAAGGAGAAGGAAAAUCUAAGUCAGGACGAUCAGACUAAAAGUAAAGACGUGGUGAAUGAUAUAAAGAACUCGGAAAGCAAAAAGACCGACGAGACAGAUCCAAGUAUGGACGAUGUCCUGAAGCUUGACGCUACAGCCGAGGUAGACGAGUUCUCCAAGUACUUGGACGAAUUCGCGGACGAGGUGUUGGCCGAAAAUAAACCGGCUGAGAAGAAACAAGAGAAAAAACCCAGAAUACAAACAGAACGAAAGAUAAUCGACGGAAAGAAGUUAAGAAAGAAAAUUAAAGUAAAACGUCAUGAGAACGGACGAACACCGAGCUUAAGUCCGGAUGGUGAUCACUGGAGACGAAGACGAUCUCCCGUGAGAAAUUCUCCUUUCCAACGCGAUUCGAACUCAAGAGGACGAAUCAAUCGCCCGUCUCCGGUUGGUGGAAUGAAAAAGGGAGAGAGGAGUUCCCGUCCUAAAGAUGAGACGGAGAUGAACGGAGAACAGAAGGAGACCAAGUUAGAACGGGAGGAGAGAGGGAGAAGAGAAUAUGAGGAGAGAAUUUCUAAACUUCCAACCCCGGAGAGGGAAAGGCUUGAAGCUCGAAGAAAAAAAUUCCAAGCACAGAAUGUUGUGAAAGCGUCUGAACCAAAAAAGAUCUCCCUGAGAACCAGCUCUGGAGAUUUGAACCCACGGAGCGAGAGGUUGGAUGAAAUGCUCCCGGAGCACAGACAUGAAUUUGACAUGAACGAGAACGGUAGAAUAGGUCGAGAUGCUGGCUUAUCUUCUCCGAGAAAAAUGCAGGUUACUGAUCUACGGGUUCAGUUGCACAAGAGAAAACAGUUAAAAGAAGCGGAAGAACCUCCUUACCAACACAGACGAGAUGAUCUGCAGCGCCGGGACGAACAGAGUAGAAGGAACGAUCUACCCCAGCGAGUCGAACUACUGCAAAGAGAUGAGGAGGAGGAGGAAGUGGAACGGAGAACACAGACUCCGGAACUAGAAGAUAUAGAUCUUGAUGAUCUUGGUCCUAUUGUUCCAUCCAAAGGAAGAAAAGUUGUUCCUCCAAAUGAAAGUAUAAUCAAGAAGAAGAAAAAGAAGAAGAUAGUUCUAAGUGAGGAUGAAUCUCCGUCUCCUCCCUCCCGCUCCGUCCUAGGAGAGAACAGGCGGAUCAUGGUUCGAAAAGUCUCAAUUUCUCCGGAGAUUCCAAUCAGAGUUAAAACUUCUCCGCCUAAAUCAACACUUAAGAAAUCUUUGCAUUUACGGUUGGGGGACAAAGUAGAGAACCUGAACUUCACCGAGGAGGAGAUCAUGGCAGAAAUGAUCAGACAGAAGGAAAAGAAAACUAAGAAGAAGAAGAAAGAUAAAAAGAAGAAGAAGAAGAGAGAGAAGAGCGCUGUGCUGAGCGAAACGGAGGAGAAGGAGCUAGAUGAGGAGGAGGAGGAUGUGUUUAAAUAUUUUGAGAGGGAACUAAGUCCUGUUAUAUAUGAUACCAGAGUUAAAUCUAGAAUGAGUAGCGGAGAUAGUGGAAGGUUGAGGUUUAGCUCCGGAGAGGAGUUAAACCAGAACAACGGGGAGAAGAAUGUACGGGAACGGUUGGGAGAGAAACUAGACGGAUCAGGAGAUAAAACCCGUCCUGGAUCCAAGGUUAAGUCUGCAGAGAAACCCCGGUCAGCUGAAAAAAUCCACAAAUCUAGAUUGCCGGACAAAAAAUCACCGAAAGUGGGGAAAAGAAAAAUCACAGAUUUGGAUGCGAGCAUCGAGGGAGAAGAUAUCCUGGAGAAGAUGAAAAGGAAGAACGAGAAGAGAUUGAGAAGGAUUCAGGAGAUAGAGAGGGAUAAACUUCUCAACUCAUAAAUAAGAGGGAUUCACACCUCGUACAAAAUAAAACUACAUAUUUACUAAUUACAGUUUGUAUAUGUAUUUGUUUGCUUCCAAGGAUAAACCGGUAUU